AUGAUGGAAAACGAUAAUAUUAUCCAUAUUUGCGACACCUGCGAGAGAAGGUUCUCAACCCUUAGGUCCCUACACUGUCACCAAAGAGUCCACACGCGUGACGAAGAGUUGGAGAUGCAGCUGAAGAAGACGAAGCCAAGCAAUCCUCCUGGACAAGGCACGUCUAAUUCGGUGGACUUGGGUGGGUAUUCACAAAAUCCCUUAUCAAAUGAUAUGUAUCGUUGGCUCUCUCGUGAUCCAGUUGAGUCCAUAUCAGUCGAAAACACCCCCACUUUCCCAAUACUCAAUAGUGGAGACACGGACGUUGACAGGAACACUAGUUAUGGAUUUUCUUCAGGGACUCUCUUUGUCACUCACAACCAUAACCACCCGAAUUUUGAUCGUCUGGGGAUCCCUGUUGGUCAUUUUAAGUCUGGAGGAGGCGGUAGCAGCCGUGACUACCCAUAUUCGUUGUUCAAUGGUGGAAUCACCACCAUGGCUCCUCAUGCGACUCCAUACCGUUCUCUCACUAGCUAUGAUUCUUCUUCAAGAUCAGUUCCCUUACCAUCUUACAGUUGGUAUAAUAACUCACAUGCUUUCUCACUUGACCACUCUCUUGGUUCAGCUAAUUCCACAGGAAGCUUCAGCAACAAGAACGAAACCAGUAGCUCACAAGAUUCGUUAUCACUUGAGCUCACUCUUGGUCCAUCUAACUCCAUGGGUGGCACCAAGAUUAACAGCAGCGCUUACCCAUCAUUGAAUGACGGAGUCACUGGAGAAGAAACUAGGAACAUGAACACGCUAGUGCGUCCUCUUGUGUCUCGGUUCCGUUUUCACAGCCAUAACCCGCUUGAUUCAAUCAUUAGAAACGUUCCUCUCUCUCAUCCUCCUCCAACCACCAAUCUUCCUGAUGAUAAGAAUGUUUCGGGCUCUAGUCUCAUUGCAAAGGAGAAAGACAAAACCGCGGUGCUUGACGAUGAUGAGAAAGAUAACGUGGUGACUGUAGAUCAUGAUGAGGAUCAGACGGAAGAGGUUGAAGCUAAGAGUUGCAGUCGUGAUUGA